CAGUUCGCGACAGUUGUACCAACAUAGCGCAAAUGCAAAGUCAUUCAUAGUUUGACAGCGGUAGAUUGGAAUUGUUUUUGCUCCGCUGUGGUGACCAUUUCUUAGCUGAAGGAACAUUAAUAUAAAUCUUAAUCAAAAUGGCCCGCCGUUAUGACUCCCGCACUACAAUCUUCUCCCCUGAAGGCCGAUUGUAUCAAGUCGAAUAUGCCAUGGAAGCCAUUUCGCAUGCCGGCACCUGCUUAGGAAUCCUGGCUAAGGACGGUAUCCUUCUGGCCGCCGAAAGAAGGAACACCAAUAAGCUUCUGGACAGUGCUAUCUUUUCCGAGAAGAUUUAUAAACUAAAUGAGGACAUGGUCUGCUCAGUGGCAGGUAUCACUUCCGACGCCAACGUCCUCACCAACGAGCUUCGGGUUACUGCCCAGCGAUAUCAACUUUACUACGGAGAACCCAUGCCCUGUGAGCAGCUGGUCUCAACGCUGUGCGAUUUGAAGCAAGCCUACACCCAGUACGGCGGUAAGCGUCCAUUCGGCGUUUCCAUCUUGUACAUGGGCUGGGACAAACACUACGGCUACCAGCUGUACCAGUCCGACCCCAGUGGGAAUUACGGAGGCUGGAAGGCGACCUGCAUUGGAAAUAAUGCAGGAGCUGCAAUUUCCAUGCUCAAACAAGAAUUGAAUGAGAACGAGAUCAACCUUCCCCAGGCACAGGAUUUGGCCAUUAAAGUCCUCAGCAAAACCCUUGACAUGACGAAGUUAACAUCAGAGAAAAUAGAAAUGGCAACUUUGACUCGGGAGAAUGAUAAAACUGUAAUCAAAAUCCUGACGAACGCCGAAGUGGAUGCACUCAUCAGUAAAUAUGAGAAGUUGGAAGCGGAAGCAGAGGCGGCCAAGAAGGAGAAACUUGGCCAGAAAUCGUCGUAAAGUUUGGUGACUGUGAAAAUCUUUUUUUUUUAUAUUCUAUUAAUUCGAGAAGGAAGAAAUUUCAAAUAAAAUAUGCGCUUCAAAUCUGUUGGAAGUAA